AAAAAUCAAUCUACAGAGGGCGCUUUUAAUUACCCAGCCACGUAAGUCAGGGUCGUAUUUUUAUUCUAAAAAAUAAUUUAUAGACAUUUAUUGGCUCUAUCUAGUGAAUAUGUGAGAAUGGUCUAACAACCUAAAAGUGCGUGUACAGUUUUCUUGUGUAUAUACUUUAUAUUGAUUGCGAUUGAUCAGCCAUGUCUAACUUACCACCAAAUCCUUACAACAGUACUCCCGGAGCACCAUUGACAAAUGCCAACCCAGGCCCACCACUAUUUAGUAAUAGUCAGCAGUUUAAUCAGGUGCCUGUAAGCCAAUUACCUCCAAGCCAACUGCCACCUGGUUAUUCAGGAUUGAAACAAGAUACAAACUCAAACAGCCCUCUCCAUGCUCAUCGGAACAGUGGUCUGCAGAAUGUGAAUAACUAUAAUCAAAGUGCUAGCAGUUCUCCUGCAUUUAAUAAUCCUGGGAUUCAUUUGCCCCAGACAAGUCUGCAAUCUUCACCAAUGCGGCCACCUAUAAAACCAACUUCUAUGACUCCUAGUCCUAGUUUUCAGCAGUCUACUACAUCAGGAAGUCCAAGACUGGUUUCUAAUGCUAAUCCUUCACCUGUACCAUAUUCUAACUUUCAACCUCAGUCGAGACAAAUUAAUGAUAAUGCACCUCCUCUUAUUUCUUCUAGUCAGUACAAUCAGCCCCUUGUUAAUGGACCUCCUAUUCCUUCUCAGCAUCCUAUAUCUCAGCCUCAGGGGCAAUAUCCCAUAUCAUCAAGUUCAUUAAACACUCCCCCUAUUGGAAUGAGGCCUCCUGCUAGUGUUGCCAACUUUGGGCCACCACCUAUAAAUGCAGCACAUGGUCCACCUCAGGGACCUUUACCCAAUCAACCAAACAUACCAAUUUCGGGCCCACCAAGAAAUAGUCCUCAUUUACCUGGACCUAAUAUAACAGGACCAUCUCAAUUUAGUAGUUCAAAAUCCUCAACUGGACCUCCUGUGGGACCCGGUCAGCCAAUUGGAUUUAAUGGUCCCAACUUUGGACCUCAAUCAGGACCUCCAUCUGGACCUUUAAAUAAUACCUUUGGAGGUGGUUCAUCAAGUGGAUUAAUGCCUCCUGCUAGUGGCCCACACACAGGACCUCCGGUAAGUGGAGGUUCAUUACAAUCAUAUCCUGGACCAUAUCAAAAUGGACCAUCAGGACAUAGUCAACCAAUGGGUCUUCCUGGUCCUCCUAGUGGUCAGAUAAUACCACAAAAUUCUGCUGCUCCACAAAGUAUACCACCACGAGCCCAGGCUCUACCCUCAGGCCCACAAAGUAUGCCACCAGUUGGAAAUCAAAUGGGUCGUCUGCCUACUGGACCUCCUCCUAGUGCUUCAAGUGGAUUGCCCGGCCCUCCAAGUGGACCACCUGGCCCUCCAAGUGGACCGCCUGGUCCUCCAAGUGGACUGCCUGGUCCUCCAAGUGGACUACUAGGCCCUCCAAGUGGACUUUAUGGUCCUACAACUGGACCACUCGGUCCUCCAAGUGGACAACCUGGCCCUCCAAGCGGACCGCUUGGAGCACCAAGUGGACUAUCCAAUCCUCCAAAUGGACCAUAUGGUCCUUCAAGCGGAGCAUCUGGUUCUCAGAAUGGGCCACCUGGCCCUCCGAGUGGACCAUUGGGACCUCCAAGUGGACCAACCUGUCCUCCAAGUGGACCAUUGAAGGGCAAUAUGCAGAAUCGAUACCCCCAAAUGCCACAGAGUAAUUACAUUAAUCACCAGCCCAUAGCAGCACAACAGAUGGGGAAACAACACACACAACAGUAUGGUGCUCAGGGAUUGACCCAGCAAAUGGGGCAGUUGAGUGUGACGAAACAAGGUUUUGAUCAACUAUGGGGUCACCAUAUGAUUGAUCUUCUACAAUGCAGGCAUGUGUUACCUGAAUAUCCAGAAGAUCCACCAGAGAUACGAUUGGGACACCAGUUUGCUGAGUCACCUAAUUGCAGCCCUGACAUUUUUCGAUGUACAAUAAAUCGCAUUCCUGAAACAAUUAAACUAUUGGAGAAGUCACGACUGCCUCUAGGGAUAUUGAUUCAUCCUUUCAAAGAUUUGAAUCACCUGCCUGUUAUCCAAUGCUCUACGAUAGUGCGAUGUCGCGCGUGUCGCACCUAUAUCAACCCGUUCGUUUACUUCGUUGAUUCGAAGCGUUGGAAGUGCAACCUCUGCUAUAGAGUCAAUGACUUGCCAGAGGAGUUCCAAUAUGAUCCAGUGAGCAAGUCGUACGGUGACCCGUCCCGGCGGCCGGAGAUUAAGUCCGCUACGAUCGAGUUCAUCGCCCCCAGCGAGUAUAUGCUUAGGCCCCCGCAGCCCGCCGUCUACCUGUUCCUUCUGGACGUGUCGCAACUAGCACGGGAAUCAGGAUACUUGCAAGUGGUAUGUGACACAUUGAAGAACAACUUGGACCAAUUGCCCGGCGAUGCGCGCACGCAAGUCGGUUUUAUCUGUUUUGACGCGCACAUACACUACUACUUCAUGAGUGACGGACUUACGCGGCCCAAGGAGAUGACCGUUUUAGAUAUCGACGAUGUGUUCCUGCCGUCCCCGGAGUCGCUGCUGGUGAACCUGGGCGAGCGGCGCGAGCUCGUCAAGGAGCUGCUGAGCAUCCUGCCGCAGCGGCACUCGCAGCCAGGAGCGGCAGCCUGCGCGCUCGGCGCCGCGCUGCAGGCCGCCUACAAACUGAUGGCUCCCACUGGUGGCCGCAUCACCGUAUUCCAAACGUGUCUUCCCAAUAUUGGACCUGGAGCGUUACAGUCACGCGAGGACCCAAAUGCGCGGUCAGCGAAAGAGGUAGCGCAUCUGAAUCCGGCGACGGAUUUCUACAAGCGGCUGGCGCUUGAUUGCAGCGGCGCACAGGUCGCCGUCGACUUGUUCCUCCUCAACUCGCAGUACUCGGACCUCGCCACGCUCAGCGGUAUGAGCAAGUUCAGCGCGGGCUCGGUGUACCAGAUCCCGAUGUUCCGCGCGAACCGCAGCUGGCAGGCGGCCGCGCUGGUCCGUCUCUUCACGCGCUACUUAACCAGGAAAAUCGGCUUUGAGGCGGUUAUGCGCGUCCGCUGUACCAGGGGAAUAUCAAUCCACACGUUCCACGGCAACUUCUUCGUGCGCUCGACGGACCUUUUAUCUUUACCAAACGUGUCUCCUGACGCCGGCUUCGGAAUGCAGCUCAGCAUCGAGGAGUCGCUUGCUGAUUUGCAACAAGUCUGCUUCCAGGCCGCAUUGCUCUAUACCAGUAGUAAAGGUGAACGUCGCAUUCGAGUCCAUACACUGGCUUUGCCACUAGCUAGCAACCUACCCGACGUGCUACACGCCGCUGAUCAGGCUUGCAUCAUCGGUUUACUCGCUAAGAUGGCCGUGGACCGGUGCGCGAGCGCGUCGAUGUCGGAGGCGAAGGAGGCGCUGAUCAACGUGGCGGUGGACGCGCUGUCGGCGCACCGCCUGGCGCAGAACCUGCCCGCCGGCGCCGCCUCGCACGCGCUGCACGCGCCCGCCGCGCUGCGCCUGCUGCCGCUCUUCCUGCUCGCGCUGCUCAAGCGGAAAGCAUUCCGGACAGGUGUGUCGACCCGGCUGGACGAGCGAGUCGCGGAUAUGUGUAAUAUGAAAACGUUGCCGCUGGCACAGUUACUGCGCGCCGUGUACCCUGACCUGUACCCCAUACACGAGCUUGAACAGUACACAUCAGCACCGCUGGAACAUACGGACCCCGCGGACCCUAACGCAGAUCCUAACGCGGAGGAUGACGAUGGAGUGCCCGACCCGCCGCGGCUGCAUCUCACUGCAGAGAGAAUAAACUCGAACGGCGCGUACCUGCUGGACGACGGCGAGACGAUGAUCGUGUACGUGUGCCACGCGGUGAGCCCCGCGUUCCUGUCGGGCGCGCUGGGCGUGGCGGCGCACAGCCAGCUGCACGACGAGGCGCGCGCGCUGCCGCGCCUGCGCACGCGCGCCAGCGCGCUGCUGCACGCGCUGCUCGACCGCCUCAACGACGAGCGGCCCUACGCCUCGCCCGUGCUGCUACUCAAGGACAAUUCUCCAUCCCGCACGUUAUUCACGGAACGGUUGGUCGACGAUCGAGUAGAGUCCGCAUUCUCCUACUACGAGUUCUUACAGCACGUGAAAAACCAAGUGAAAUGAGUGACGGGUGAUAAGUUAGUGACUAUUGUAAAGGACUCGCCGAUUGCGCGGCUCAAGCCAACACGCUGUAGGUAGUGAAAGUCCAGCGAAUGCCGCUACGCACCAGUGUCACACUGCCCUAGAUUUGAUAAGUAUACUACGAGUUUCACUCGGCAAUACCAUUCUAAAAUAUUAUUUAGUGAUUGUAAAAGUCAUUGACUGGUUAGGGAAAGCCAAUAUUGAUUUUUCACUGUAAAUAUGUUGUUACGGUAUUAGGUAAAUGGUAGGGGAUCUGACACUCAGUGUGCGGAUUGUAUAGAUUGAUAAAAAUUUUAAACUGACUGUCUUGUUCAUAGAAAUGUGAAACGUCUAAGCCAAUUUUUACUACUGUUUUCUGUCUCUUUCAUUCAGAUAAGAAUUUAGCUAGAAGGAAAGAGAUGGAAACACAUUAAUAGCUGGAAUAGGUUUAUCAGAUGUUUGACGUUUUAUGAGUAGGAUGAUUAGGCUGUUGAAAAUGUAAUGUAUGAAGUCCAAAGAUUCGGAAUAUAUAAUAAUUAUACAUAUUCAUGUUACUAAAUGGUUGCUAUGUCCAUUAAUAUGUUUACAGAUUUGCUUGAAGAUGAAAAUGUUACAGCUUUGAAUUGGAAACCCUGUAAGGGUUAUCUGAUAGAUGUCGCUAUGUGUUGCCAUAUUAUUUUGUGCCAACAUACUAAAAUUGUUAAAAGUACUGCACAAUCUGAAAGAGCAUAUUACAUUACUUAUUAGGGUAAUAUAUUGCAUCUCAUUUUGGCAUCAGAUCAUAUGUUUUAUUUACUUAUGUGUUAAUAAAACCUGUAUACAUUAUAUAUUUAAUGAAAAUACAAAAUCGUUCUGUUAGAAAUGAUUAGUUUGCAUCUGAAAAUAUCUAUGUUCCUAUAAAUCGUCAAUUUAGCGUACAAGUGAUUUAAGUAAUAUUUUGUUUAAUUUAAUUAUCUGUAUUUUUACAUUGUUGGCAACACUAUAUUAAAUGAUUAAAUUAUUAUGUCAAAAGAUUAGAAUAAUAUUUUAUAAUUUUGAAAUAUACCAGUAUAGUAAAACAACUGUAAGACAUAAAUUGAGAUUAAAUAAAUAAUAAUGGCAGGGUAAGCAUUUAUUUAAAUAUUAUCUAGGUAUUUUGGAGGCUUUUUUCACUUAGCAGAUUUUUGAGGAAAUUAAGAUAUCUACAUUUAACAGUUUACUUUUUUCUUUGCCUUUUUUUUUCUAUAUCUUCGCAGACAGUGAGUAAUAUUCGAUAACUUCUUUUAUUCGAGUUUAUUCCUAUGUUGGCCUCAUACUGAUUUUGUCGAGUGAGAAAGAGAGUAUGUGUGUAUAAAAAAGGAGUAUGUUUCUACUAUAUAAUGUGAUAACAAAAUAAUAUCUAUAGGUGACGGUUACCACUUUCCAUCAGGUGGGCCGUCAGCUUGUUUGCCAUUCUAAGUGGUAUAAAAAAAAUGUUAAUACAUAAUAGUAGUCGUGUGGUAGUGGUGAGGGUUGUAACACAUUUUUGGUCGUAUUCGUUAUGUGUUGUUACUUUUAGUUGUAACUUUAUAGGCGACGGAUCCUCAUGCCCUCCAAAGAACGAAACGUGACAAUAAUAUGUUUUAUAGAAUGAAUUUUAAAAAUUCAACUCUUUGGACUGAGAUUAGAUCUUACUAUUCCCAGUUCGCAGCCAAGUGUUGAUCGCUAUUUUUUUUUUUAUUUGUAAGGUCAUAAACUAAAACACUUAAAAAUAUGCAUUAAACAAAUAGGUGUUUAGCUUUUUAUUACAAGCACAAAAUAUUACUUUGAUCACUUGUGCGGUGUUUUUUCAUGUAUUGCUUACGUAGAGCGACAUGUAAAGCAAGCACACGGCCCACCUGAUGGAAAGUAACCGCCGCCUAUACGCAUGAAUAGCAUUACGUAAUCACACAUCACAUAAUUCCAUAUACAUAUUUAUUUCUUGUGUACCCUCAUGAUCAUAAUGGAAUGUUGGAAUUGAAAAACUGAGUGAGUUUUAUAAUUAUGUUUAUUAAUAAUAUUGUCCUAAUCAUAAAAAUGUGAAAUCUAUAAUUAUUUUAACUGUUAUUGUUUUUUCUCACUUUCUUUCAUAUUGAUAAUUUGGCUCGAAAGAAAGAGAAACAUACCUAAUAACUGAAGAUAUGAAUGGAUAAAUGUGAUAUGUUACAUUUUCAAAUUUUCGCUAUUCUAUGCAUGAAUGGGAGGUGCUAUAGAAAUAUCUAUAUAUUCUAGUUCUAUUAUCUAUAACCCAAUAAUGGAUAUAUAUGUAUAUAUGUCCAAUGUAUAACAUCUAAAUGAAGAACGCAAUCGAAAUGAAUAUUAAUAUCCGACCAGUAUGGGCUAUACCGAAAUGGGUAAUGACCUAUUUUUCCAUCAUUAAUCUCCGAAGGACGUCGAUAUAUAGAUAUUGGAACUGUAUCGAUAUUACCCGUACCUAGUUAUUUUCACGUAACACCUUCAUCUAUGCGUAUAAUAGAGGAAAUCCGAAAAUAUGACAUCACCUUCAUAAAUUAUGUUUGACAUUUUUAUGAAUAUGGGGAUAAUAGUUUAGUACAGCGUUACUACGCAGAGGUAGGACUAAGAAUGCUGAAUAAAAAUAACUUUUGCUUUUAUAUGUAAUAAAAACAAUAUUGUGAUUUUAGUUAGAAUGUAAAAAAAAAAACAAUUUAUUCAGCAUUCUUCUGGCCGUUUAUCUCAGGGGUCGCCUACAUUAGGUAUAUUGUUAUAUUAUCUUGUAUUAAUAAGUGUUUUUGUAUUUAUUUUUAAAUUUCAAAUCUAGGGCACGUCGACACGCCGGCCAUAGAGAAUAUCUCGAUUUAUUUUAAAUCGACGCAAUAAAAGUUUUUUGUAUUUUUAUUGUAAUUUAUUAGAUGUAUGUGUAUUAAGAGCUGGCAUUCACUGAUGAUACGGCAUGCUAAAGUAUUCGAAAUAUCUGUAUUUCGGAGAAUGCGUGAGAUGUUAUACAAUGACGUUCUAAAGUGCCACGGCUCGGUUUAUAACGGUUUCAAAUAUGAGCGUUAAGGGUUUUGUAAUAAGGUUUAAAAUGAAUUCAACUGAUGAAAAAUUUUUGCCGUGCCAUGCCAUGCCGUUAAGCCAGUGGAUGCUAACUCUAAUCCUAAAACUUAUAUUGUCCUUUACUUGAUAUUCCAAUGUAAAUUAAAUUAGAAUUAUUUAUCAAAUUAUAGUUAGAAUGUUUUGUACUGAAAUGAGCUCGGUUUAACUUUCAUUGUUCGUGUAUAUGACAAAACAAAUCUGUUUUAUUUUUUUCAAAUAAGUUGAUACAUUUUGUGUAAUCGCUGUUGUUUUUAAAUUGAUUUUGUCAAUUGUUAUAUGAAACCUGUACAUGAAAGUGAGGCCUCUUUUACAGCGGCGGCGCUGUAUGUGUCGAGGAUUCUAGCAAGACGUGGUGGUUUACGCUAUGCUUUUGCCGCCUUUAUCGCGUAAUAUGAAAGAACCCUUAGGUUCAUUUGCCCGUUAUUUUUUUUUUUAUGCAAAUUGGGGCCACCAAACCCAUAUUACAGUAUAUAUACAUUUGCAAGUGUGAUGCAAUAUGAUGAAGCAAUAAAUAGAAGCUGUCCAAUGUAUUUGUAUACUUGGUUGAGAUGACAAUACGUGGCAAUGAUCAGGUGAGGUAAGGCCAAAUUUGAAACUGUUUUGUUAAGCUUGGACUAUCGACAGUGUGUUCGAACUUUGUCCAACUUUUUCAUGUGUUUUUAUUUGGUGGAAAACGAAUAAGUGUUUAUAAUUUAUAUAGGUAUUUUUUGCUUUAAUUUAGACAUAUAAAAAUGAAAAAUAUAUUCACUUAGUAAAAUAUGUUAUUGAAAUUAAAUUAUAAUACUACCAACAUUGUGCAGAUUUUUUUAUAAAAUCAAAAUUUGAAAAUUGAUCUGACAGUGAACUGUUAGAAAUUUUCAAAUUUCGAAAUAAUGAUUACCAUCACCUCACCUGGUCAUCUGCAAACACUAGUCCCCCUUGUUCAUAAAAACUAAAACCUGCAAACCUAUUUGAACUGUUACACUUUCCAAUUGAGAAUUUAGUGUAAAAAAACGAAAAAAAAAAUACAAUUCCAUAGCUAAAAUAGAUUUAUGAGAGAUUGACGUUUUUAUGAAUAAGGAGGUUGGUAUGUUUUAAGAAGAAUGAUUAUCAGCCAUUGGCAUCAUGUAAUGGCACCUAAAAAAAGUUUAAAAAGAAAAACUAUUUCGUUGGCACUACUGAAGAAUAAGGUAUUGUGUGCCUCUUGUAUCAUCUGAAAUUCUUACCCUGUAGACUGAAAGAACAUGGUUAUUUUAUUAUAUAUUAAGAAAUAAAAUGAUUAUUAUUAAUAACCACGCACAUAAUUGAUACAUUAAGGGUAAGUAUCGCGUUGGGAGGUGCCAUCCUCUUGACAAUUGGUUCGUGUUUUUACGGAAAGGUGGCGUUUUAUGGUAGGUACCGGCGACCGCAUUUACGAGUAUAAUGUUACUUUUUUCGAAAUUUCGCACCCAAACGAAUUCAGAUCUUCGGCAAAGAAAUUAUGUCAAAAAGAUACAUUUUUGAUUGUUCAGAGAUUGUAUGGUAGGGUUUAUAAUGAAAUGAGUCAUCUGUAGGUGAUUUGGUUGGGAGAAAUCCAUGGAAGAAAUCCAAAUUUCAUGGUUGACAUAUUUACAAAGGAACGUGUAAUAUGUAUGCGGUGAUCGCAGAUACAAGGCUUUUUAUGUAUUAAUCUAAUCAACGUAAAUGAAAUCAAAUGAUUAAAAGUGACGCCUGCUCACUCGGAUCAUAAAACUAUAAAGAAAUUCUGAAUAAGGAUUUUAUCAUUCCAAAACAAUAUAAUAACAUACUUCAAUUGUGGGAUGCAAUAUUGGCGGGUAUAGAAUAAUAUCGAAACAAGAAACAUUAAGGGUCAUCACACGCGGAUCUAGUGACGACGUAGAAACCCUUUAUUCAUAAAAAAACAAAUAACCCUUUCAUUUUUACGUAAAGACAUCGGUAUACACUUAUGUGAAGAUGAAGUAGAUCAGGUGAUGAAUGCAACAAUACUUAAAGACGAUGGUUUCUAGGGGAAAACGCGUGCAGGUCGACCUGACAGGGAAUGCUGCUAGCAAUAGGGACGUUAUACCCCAUUGCUAAUAAUCUCUCCCCCGGCAGUAAAAUCCUGAAAGAUUUAAAAGAGGUAGACAUGUUUAAUUGAAAGAUAUCAGAGCUGUCAGGGCUGAUUGUGUCCAAAUUCAUCUUUAAUCAAAUUUCAAACCACAUCUCUAGACGUGGUUUCGAUUUUCUUUAGAUUGAGUCGUCGGAAGUUAUUCAACCUGUUAAUAAUUUAGUCCAUUAUUCCGAUUAGUGGGAACAGUCGAAGUGCAUCGUCGGCUGUUGUUUCACAAACUGACAAAAUAUACGACUGAUAGAACAUGUUAAUAUAAUGAAAUUGUAUUAAUGAAUAAAUAGCAUCUGUUAGCGGACUGAACUUGAGAGCCUUGUAACUUGUUUCAAUAUAACGAAUCUAAAAUCA